AUAUUUUAAAAGGGGAAAAUUUGACUUUUUGAUCGGAAAAGAAUUUGGCAAUUCCGCUUAUGCCGUUGCGUAGAGCACGGCGAAACGAGUUCGUAGACAUGGAGUAGACCCGAACCGGAGUUGUAAUGAAGAAGUUACGGUCAAAAUACUCACGAGGGCAAAAUGGAAAUUUUGGGAGAUCAUUUUUUUUUUUUAAAAUCUGUUUUCUUCUCUCACUCUCUCAUUCUCUCUCUCUCUCCCUCUCUCUCUCCCUCCCGAUAGUUCAGAAAACCAGAAGGGCAGCCACCUUCCAAGCCACCCCGACCCUCCGGAACGGACCCAGCAGCACCGGCCAGCUCCCGCCAGCAACCUCAGCCCGUCCGCCGCCCCUGCUGGAGCCGCUUGAAACUGCUGGAAAACGCAGCAGUUUUGGCCGAUUUUCCAACCUCAGUUUCUCCCUCAUCCGGACACCAAAUCAGUCAUGUGAGGCAUCAGAGGCCAAACUGAACCACAGGAGGGACCUUCAAGAGGUCCAGCUAGCUCGGACCAGCACAGUUAAUAUUUUCUUAAACCACUGUGGAUACCCGGUUACAGAAACAGGUUGCCGUCAAAUAAGACGAUGUCUACGGACAUCCAGAUUGCCUUCGGUUUAUGUUGCCUUCGGAUAUGAUGAUGUCUACAGACAUCCAGUUUACUUUCAGUUACUGGGGUUGAUUAUGGGCCCGAAGCGUGGUGGUUUCCGUAGGGGGACGAGACAGUCGUCCCGAGUGAGGGGACAGGACCCUCCUCCAGAACCAGAGAAUUUUCCUACCCCAGAACCGGUCCAAGAACCGGUUGAACAGUCAUUUGUUGGAGGCCCCUCAGGGCCCGCACCUCCUAUGCCCACGGUGAUGGGAGACCCAACUUUUUAG